AUGCUUCAUGUGGCAAUAUUGCUGCUCUCUUCAGGUAAGCUGUUUGUGAUGGACUAAAGUCCUAAUGCUUUUACCUGCUCUACUUAACAUAUUCAUGGGAUUUCCUUUCCAGGGUCUAUUACUUUGUGCUCACACUUUCAUCGAGAGUAUUACCUUAUAAACCAGACCAAGACAUGGGAGGAGGCCCAGACUCUGUGCAGACAGAACUACACUGACCUCGCUGUCAUCGGCAGCCAUGACGACAGAAAGAGGCUGGCGAAUGUGGCAGCAGCUAAUGGUCUUAAGGAAGAAGUCUGGAUUGGAUUAAAAGAGAUUGUCCAUCCAUCAUCCUGGAUGUGGUCUAUAGGAGAAACUCCGACUAGUCAUGGAUCAGCUGAAUACACAAACUGGGCCAGUUCCCCAAGUUCCUCUCAUCACUGUGGGGGAAUGAGGGAUGAUGGGAAAUGGCUGAGUGCAGUCUGUGAUACAAAACUUCCAUUUGCCUGCCAGGAAGGUUAGGCUUGCUUUGAAUUGACCCACAUGAUUUUAAAUAUCUGUUAGAACAAGAUGAACUGAUGUCACUUAUGGGCUAUUAUUAAAACACAGUAAUACCUCAAAUGUUAUUUACUUUCUUGACACUGGUUGGGUUAUCCUAAGAGCUGGGUUUUUAUUUAUGGAGCAUCUGUGUUGGUGUCAUUGACCCGACUAAAAAAAAAAAGGGGGGGGGGGGGGGGGACAGAUUAUUAUUAUUAUUAUCCAAUGUCAUACAUAACUCAUUGGAGUUGCCUUAAAAAAGCUCACCUAAAUGAUGAGACUGUGAAAUAACACAACUUAGAACCUGAAAUAGUGUGGCAUUAUGGCUCAGUCAGGGCCAUCUUGUAUAGAGUAAAUCAGUUAUGUCUCCCUUAUUAUAACUGGAAGAGAAGUCCCAAAAGGGUGGCUAAAAGCUCUAAAAAUUUAUCAAUUUUCAACAAUUCUCCACCAAUAAACAGUAAAUCAUCCCCUGUAGCUUUAGAGAGAGCUCUCUAAAGUCUGAAUGCCCCACAUUGUCUGGGUUGCCUCAGGUAAGUAGAACUUUGUGUUACUGUUUUAAUGACAAUGGUGUUAUAUUGUGGGAAUUAUGGUAAUUGACAUUUAAGCUCAUACUGACAGUAUCUCAGCCUCUCAGCUUUGUUUCAGACCAUUGUUUGUUAAAGCUGUUUUGGUGGCCUACUUAAAACUGCUGAAUUUCUUUGAUUUUAACUUUAAAGCAGAAACUGUAGAAACUGUAUUCCCUGUUUCUCAGCAGUUGAAACUUAAUAAUUUCUCUCAUACUCACAGAUAUGGAAUCAAGAAAUAUUCAUGUGGUUCCUGAGGAAAAAACUUGGAGACAAGCCCAGAUGUACUGUCGUCUGAACUAUGUCGACUUGGCCACAGUGAGGAGCCAGACUGAAAAUCAGGCAUUACAGAAAGUAGUUGAAGAGUCUGGGUUGUCAGUAUCCAUGGUGUGGAUGGGUUUGUUCAGAGAUUGGUGGAAAUGGUCAGACCAGAGUGACAGCUCCUUCAGGUACUGGCAAAGUAAUCAGCCAAAUGAUGAUGGAGAGUGUUCAUUAUACAACCCCACCUCAGACGCAUGGUUUGACAGAGGUUGUACUUACCCACGUAUGUUCUUCUGCUACAAAAGUAAGAGGACUUUGUCACAUUAAUGCUAAAAGUGUGAAACACAUACUUCUGUAACCUUCUGUAACACUUUACAUUCACACAACAUGUCAUCCUUAUAAUGUUUUACUCCUGUUUGUCAAACCAUAGGAGUGGAAGUGAAGAGGCUUACUAUUGUGAGGGUGGGGAUGAAGUCAAAUGUGCUCUCAAUUUUAAGUGAUCUUUCUGCGGGCAACGCCAUAUUGAAAACAGUAAGUUACUGUAUUCUGUAAAUAAGACACAAAAUUAUAGCACCAGCUCAUGAGAAUGAAUGCUUUGUUAGCAUAUUUUGUUUUUUGCCUUUAGAUCCAAAAUAAGACUGGACUGGUCAAGCUCCAGUGGAGGCUUCAGCCAGAUGGGAAGAUUUUCCAGAAAAUGAAGGACCAAACCUGA